CCUCUGCGACCUACGUGGGCGGAGCCAGAGUCGUGCCGAGCUAGAACCCAGAGCCGGAAGUGAGUCUCUGUCGAAAGGCUGCUUGGAGGCGGGACAGGAAGUGUUCCCAAGGCGGAAGUUUCUCGGGGAAGCUUUUGCACCAAGGACACUUCCUGUUUCCUAGUAACAAUAGGAAGUGUAGUGUCCGCGGAGCUGGGGGUAGACUCCUGGCUCGUGCCAGCUGCGCCCUCUUCCCUCUCCUUGUUUCCUCUUUCCCCUUCCCCUUCUCCUUUCCGUCUUUUCCUCCCCUCCCGCCUCCCGGGAACCCUGGCAGAGUGUGCCUGUGUGGGAGCGCGAGAGCCCCCCCCCCCAGCCGCCCCUUGGGGCGCGCGGCUGCAGUUAGGGUAAGCGUCCCAGUGCGCAGGCGCACUCUCGUUCAGGGUCCCCAACGGACGCGCCCGCGGCGGGAACAGAAAGGGCAGCCGAUGAGAGGUAGGGGGUCCUCAGAGGAAAUUAGCAGAGGAGAUAAGUGAGGUCAGAGAACUUCAUUGGUGGUUGAUUAUGGGCGGGGACUCUUUGUGAGGUGAGAGUUCGGAGGGGCAGGUUCAGUGAGGAGGUUUAGAGUCGGGGAUAGCAAUUGUGUUGGGGUCCCAUGGGCAUGAAGAGUCAAGAGUUGGAGAAGGACAAGGUGAUGCCGGUGGCACCAGGGGCUGCUAUUGACAGAGCAACGGCUUGGAAUGAAGACUGCCUCAGUGGGUUUGCUUAUGUGUAAACUGCGGUAACAGGCAUUGCAGUGUAUUGUGAGGAUUAAGUGACACAAAUAAUAUAUUUUACUUAGCACAGUGCCUGGCACAUGGUAAUACUCAGCAUGAGUUCCUGUUAUCAUCAUCAGUAUUAAGAGAGGGGGCAGAAGAGAAAAUGAGAAAGGGUGAUGAGGGUAAGGUAAGAAGCCAUGGGAGAGAAAAAGGUAGGCAAUGAAGUGAAAGUCCACCUUGAAAUGGGAUGGGAUUUCCAAGAUGAAAGAUAGUUGGGUUCGGAGGAAGUAGGUAAAGGGAGUGGCCAAGAGAGUCUUUCGGAAAGGAGGCCUUGUGAUGCUGAAAAGACUAGGACAGGCAGGGGAACAAGAUAGCCCUUUCCCUGAAGGGAACCUCUAACCUUUCCUCUCAGGUCCUCAGUUGUCAACUGGAGAAAGUAUCUGCUUUUUCAGUACUUCUAGGCUACUCUAUUUAGCGGAAGGGUGAAGGAGGAAGGAUUGGACUUCUCUUGUUGAAAGGUCUAAAAAAGGUUCUGGUUUCCUUGUAAGAUAUCGCAGGAAAUUUUGUUUCAGAAUUAUAGAGAGCACAGGGUUAGGGACAGUAAUACUUUCUGGAUCUGGUCUGAGGAACAUGAUAAUACAUGAUCUGUGAUCAGAAGUAGGUUUCUUAGGACAAACUAGGGUGGGCAUUAAAAACAUUUUAAAAAUAAAAAGAAGUAGGUUUCAUCCCUUGGUUUCCUUAUCUAUACUUCUAGGGAUGGCUUAAGCCUAAGUAGGUCUCUUUUGGGGGAGCUUAUGCACAGGGAGGCCUUAAAUGGUGGUGCCUCCCGGUUAGAUGUAGUAGAAAGCAGGUUCCUUGGACACUGAUGCUUGGGAAACCUCUCAGUAGCCUCAGAUGAACUUGUUGCUCAGAGAGCCAAGAGGCAAGGUUAAUUCAGGUCUUCCUUUUGACCACUGCCCCCUCUUCCUAGGCCUUAAUCCCUUCAUCAGAAGAAGAUGCUGCUGCCACCUGUCUACUCCUGAACUUUCAGGUUUCUGCCACGUUGCCCCAUGGAGGACACGCCCCUCUCACUCAGCUGCGCCGACUGUCAGCGCCACUUUCCUAGCCUCCCGGAACUGUCAAGGCACCGAGAACUGCUCCAUCCAUCUCCCAACCAGGACAGUGAGGAGGCUGACAGUGUCCCUCGGCCCUACCGUUGUCAACAGUGCGGGCGGGGCUACCGUCACCCAGGGAGCCUAGUCAACCACCGCCGGACCCACGAGACUGGCCUUUUUCCCUGUACCACUUGUGGCAAGGACUUCACCAAUCCCAUGGCUCUCAAGAGCCACAUGAGGACUCAUGCUCCUGAGGGCCGCCGCAGGCGCAGACCCCCACGUCACAAAGAAGCCACUCCAUGCCUCCAGGGUGAGACAGUGCCUGCUAACUCUUGGGGCCAGAGGCUUGGCCCUGGGGAAGGCUGGGAAAACCAGACAAAACAUACCGAAGAGACACCUGACUGUGAGUCUGGCCCUGACCCCAGGGCAGCUUCGGGUACUUGGGAAGAUCCACCCAUUGGACAAAGAGAAGGCUGGGAAAGCCAGCCAGAUCCUGGGGAGGUUGCAGAGGGCUGGGGGCCUGCCACCAACUCUGCCAGAGCCCCACCUCUCCCCACCCCAGCCAGCAGCCUUCUUAGCAAUUUAGAACAGUACUUGGCUGAAUCAGUAGUGAACUUCACAGGAGGCCAAGAGCCCACUCAGUCCCCUCCUGCUGAGGACGAGCGGCGGUACAAGUGCAGUCAGUGUGGCAAGACCUACAAGCAUGCUGGGAGCCUCACCAACCAUCGCCAGAGCCACACCCUGGGUGUCUACCCUUGCGCCAUCUGCUUCAAGGAAUUCUCUAACCUCAUGGCUCUGAAGAACCACUCACGACUCCAUGCCCAGUAUCGACCUUACCACUGUCCCCACUGCCCUCGUGCUUUCCGGCUCCCCCGGGAGUUGCUAGAACACCAGCAGUCCCAUGAAGGUGAAAAGCAGGAGCCACCAUGGGAAGAGAAAGGGAUUCCCACCACCAAUGGGCACAUAGAAGAGAGCAGCCCAGACCAACUCCGUAGUACACAGAUGCUGAACGGCUCCGGGGAACUGAGCACUUCUGGGGAGCUAGAGGACAGUGGCCUGGAAGAAUACCGGCCUUUCCGCUGUGGGGACUGUGGGCGUACUUACCGCCAUGCUGGGAGUCUCAUCAACCAUCGAAAGAGCCACCAGACAGGUGUCUAUCCCUGUUCGAUCUGUUCUAAGCAGCUGUUCAAUGCGGCUGCCCUCAGAAACCACGUGCGGGCUCACCACAGACCCCGGCAAGGAGUUGGGGAAGAUGGUCGGCCAUCAGUGCCGCCAGCUUCCCUGCUGCUGGCUGACACUGCCCACAAAGAGAAAGAGGUCCCCACCACUAUGCUGGACCAUCGGCCCUAUAAGUGCAAUGAGUGUGGUCGGGCUUACCGCCACCGAGGGAGCCUGGUGAACCAUCGCCACAGCCAUCGGACAGGGGAGUACCAGUGCUCACUCUGUCCCCGCAAGUACCCCAACCUUAUGGCCCUGCGCAACCAUGUGCGGGUACAUUGCAAGGCUGCUCGCCGAAUUGCAGACCCAGGAACUGAGGGUCCUCCCUGCCACCUCAAGGUGGAACUCCUACCUGACCCAGUGGGAGCAGAGGCAGCCCCACACACAGAUCAGGAGCAUGUGUGCAAACAUGAAGAGGAGACCACUCACAUCCCCCCAGUAGCAGAUAGGAGAGCACCACAGAUAUGUAGCAUCUGUGGGAUGCUGUUUGAAGACACCAAGAGCCUUGAGCAUCAUGGCCUGACCCAUGAGGAAGGGGAAAAUAGCAGGACAGAUACCAAGGUGUUGCCUUCUCGGGCAUUUGCCUGCCGAGACUGUGGAAAGAGCUAUCGCCACUCUGGUAGCCUUAUCAACCAUAGGCAGACCCACCAGACAGGGGACUUCAGCUGUGGGGCCUGUGCCAAGCACUUCCACACCAUGGCUGCCAUGAAGAACCAUUUGCGACGCCACAGUCGGCGGCGGAGCAAGCAGCACUGGAAGCAGGCCGGCAGUGCUGAUGCGGGGGGAGAAGGCAAACUCCCGUUGGGGAAGAACUGGGCCCACGAGUUGGAAGACAAUGAGAGUCUGGACUCUCCCCAAGACCCUUCAGGGGAAAGUCCUUGUGGGGCCGAAGGGGAAAGUAGUAGGGACUGUUUGCAGGCUGAAUCUAAAGGGGACAAGUGUGGGCUUGAGAGGGAUGAGUCCUGUUUCCAGGGUGAUAAGAAGAACAGAGGCACUGAGGAAGGACUGGAAAGGAAGGAGGCCUGUUUCCUUGACAACUUGGAUAUUCCAGGCGAUGAAGGAAGCAACGGGACUCGCUUCUGCGAUGGCCUCACUGGGGUGGACAAAGACCAGAAACCACUCACUGGCCAGCCCCAUCCCUCUUCCUGCUCUGCGGAAGCUGUUGCCAGCUGGCAGGCUGAGGAUGCUUACACAUGUUCUGACUGUGGGCAUUCUUUCCCCCAUGCCACUGGCCUGCUGAGCCACAGGCCCUGCCACCCACCAGGCAUCUAUCAGUGCUCCCUCUGCCCAAAGGAGUUUGACUCUCUGCCUGCCCUACGCAGCCACUUCCAGAACCAUGGGCCCGGGGAGGCAGCCUCAACACAGCCUUUCCUCUGCUGCCUCUGUGGCAUGAUCUUUCCCGGGCGGGCAGGCUAUAGGCUUCACCGGCGCCAGGCUCACAACUCCUCUGGCAUGACUGAGGGAUCAGAGGAGGAGGGCGAAGAGGAAGGAGCAGCAGAGGCUGCCUCUGCCGAGAGCCCACCACUGCAGCUCUCAGAAGCAGAGCUGCUGAAUCAGCUGCAGCGGGAGGUGGAGGCGCUGGAUGGAGCAGGUUAUGGGCACAUCUGUGGCUGCUGUGGUCAGACCUAUGAUGACCUAGGGAGCCUGGAGCGUCACCACCAGAGUCAAAGUUCUGGGCCUAGCACAGACAAGGCUCCCAGCCCCUUGGAAGCGUCAGGUGAUGCCACAGAGAUGGUUGCAGGUGGUGUCUUGAAGGGCGCAGUGACCUCUGUCUCUGGAGAGGAUGGAGACACGAAGUCUGAAGAGGGAGUAGGUGCCACAGUGGCCAACAGCUUCUGUGUGCAGGGUGGUGAAAGUUUGCUGGAGGCUCAGCCCCGCCCCUUCCGCUGCAACCAGUGUGGCAAGACUUACCGCCAUGGGGGCAGCCUGGUGAACCACCGUAAGAUCCACCAGACUGGAGAAUUCAUCUGCCCCGUCUGCUCCCGCUGCUACCCCAACCUGGCUGCCUACCGUAAUCACCUACGGAACCACCCUCGCUGCAAAGGCUCAGAGCCCCAGGUGGGGCCCAUUGCAGAGGCAGGAGGCAUCAGCGAGCCCCAGAAUGUAGCAGAGGAGGGGCCAGGGCUGGCAGAAGUAGACAAGCUGCAGGAAGAACUUAAAUUGGAGCCCCUGGAGGAGGUGGCAAGAGUGAAAGAGGAGGCAUGGGAGGAGACCACCGUGAAAGGAGAGGAGACAGAACCAAGGCUAGAAACCGCAGAGAAGGGCUGCCAGACUGAGGCCAGCUCUGAGCGACCCUUCAGCUGUGAGGUGUGUGGCCGGUCCUACAAGCAUGCUGGCAGCCUCAUCAACCACCGGCAGAGCCACCAGACUGGCCACUUCGGCUGCCAGGCCUGCUCCAAGGGCUUCUCAAACCUCAUGUCCCUCAAGAACCACCGGCGCAUUCACGCAGAUCCCCGCCGUUUCCGCUGCAGUGAGUGUGGGAAGGCCUUCCGCCUUCGGAAACAGCUGGCCAGCCACCAGCGGGUGCACGUUGAGCGGCGUGGGGGUACCCGAAAACUGACUCGGGAAGAUCGGCCUUUUCGGUGUGGGCAGUGCGGACGGACCUACCGCCACGCUGGCAGCCUCCUGAACCACCGGCGCAGCCAUGAGACAGGCCAGUACAGCUGCCCCACCUGCCCCAAGACCUACUCCAACCGCAUGGCACUGAAAGACCACCAAAGGCUGCACUCAGAGAGCCGGCGGCGACGGGCUGGACGGUCCCGGCGGUCGGCUGUGCGCUGUGCCCUCUGUGGCCACGGCUUUCCUAGCCGGGGAUCUUUAGAGCGGCACCUGCGAGAGCAUGAGGAGAAGACAGAACGGGAGCUGGCCAGUGGUCUGGGGGGCCCAAAUGGCACAGAGGGCAGUGAGGGGAACCUGGCCAAUGACCAGGUUCUAGGGGGCCGAUCAGGUGGAGUUGAGUCAGUACCCCAGCUGGAGGACAGAGCCGUGAGGCCAGGGGAGCACAGUCAGCGCCCCGUCAGGGCAGCAGAUUCAGAAGCCACAGAGUCAGUGUCCUGGGGCAGGGGGAAGGCAGAUGGGUGGCAAGGAGACAGGGGACUGGUGAAUCACGAAGGAAGUUGGGUUUCUCAGAGUCAGGUACUGACCAAGCCAGAUGAGUCAGAGGACAGUGUCCCCCAGAGUCCUUGCCACCUUGGUGACACCCAGUCCAAUGGACCUAGUCUGAGUCACAUGGGUAGCUGGGACAAUGGAGACAACAGCUCUCAGCUUCAGCCAGAGAGCCACCCCUCUUCCUGCAGCCUAUGUGGCAAGACCUAUUGCCAGUCUGGUAGCCCCUUGAACCACCAGAAUACCCACAGGGCAGCCCGACACUAUUGCCUGCUCUGCUCCAAGGAGUUCUUGAAUCCUGUGGCCACUAAGAGCCACAGCCACAACCACAUAGAUGCCCAGACCUUUGCCUGCCCUGACUGUGGCAAGGCCUUUCAGUCCCACCAUGAACUGGCCAGCCACCUGCAGACUCAUGCUGGGGACCACAGUCAGGUGCCAGCCCAGACAGAGGAGGCUAGAGGUCCCAAAGCUGGGACUGUGGAGGACAAGAUGAGUCUUACUGGUCAAGGGAAAGCCCAAGAGGCCCCAUCAGAAAUCCCCAGACCCUCAGGAGAGAAUGCUGAGAGAGCUAGUGGAGGACAAGGAGCAAAGUCCACAGUGGCUGAAGACAAGGAGCGGCCCUUCUGCUGUGCCCAGUGCGGGCGCUCCUACCGCCAUGCUGGCAGCCUGCUGAACCACCAGAAGGCCCACACCACAGGACUGUAUCCCUGCUCCCUGUGCCCCAAACUUCUACCCAACCUGCUUUCUCUUAAGAACCAUGGCAGGACCCACACGGACCCCAAGCGUCACCGCUGCAGUAUCUGUGGCAAGGCCUUCCGGACAGCUGCCCGACUGGAGGGCCAUGGGCGGGUCCAUGCACCCCGGGAGGGGCCUUUCACCUGCCCCCAUUGUCCCCGCCACUUCCGCCGCCGAAUCAGCUUCCUGCAGCACCAGCAGCAGCACCAGGAAGAAUGGACAGUGGCCAGCUCUGGAUCCAACUAAACCACCCUUCCCACCUUCACCCCCGCUGUGCACCUUUACCAGGAGGACUGAGUCACAGAUAAUUGUUUCUUUGAAGCCCAGGCCCAGCUGUAGCAACAACAGUCAUUAGCCCCUGUCUCACAUCUCCUAUCAGAGGGAUCUCCUGUAGAGUGGCCUCCACCCUGCCCUGUUGCAGAGCGGCUGUGGAGGAGUGGGGCAGCCUGCGCCUUCUGCAAGCAGGGGGCGUGCUCUCUCCGCGGACCCAUUCCAUCUAGCAGCCCCCAGGGGUGGGUGUACCUGAGUCGGUGGGCCCUUGACCAGCACUCGUCAGGGAAGGAGGGAUGGUGGGUGAGAGUCCCCUGAGAGCUAAGCGAUGGCUUUCAUGAUAAAAAGAUUUCUUGUGACCUCAAGGGAAAUGAUUGAGGAGCCAGGUAGCCACAGCUGGGAAAAUAAUUGGGAGUCCUAGGAUUCCCAGGUUCUCCAACAGGCCUCUGGGGCCAUGUGUGGGCAGGGGGGAGUGGCCCACAGGGCUGGUGGCGGGGUUACAAGCUGUGCAGGGUCUGCCCCUCAGUCAGUGACGUCUCUCUCUCCCCAGGAGCCCCAGUGGCACCAGCGGCGGGCAAGGGGGACUUGUCUUUGCCCCAUCCACCCACCCCCAUGACCCCUCUCCUGGACCCUUCACCCCAGUGGCCUGCAGACCUCAGCUUCUCCCUCUGAACUUCAAGUCUCCAAAGAUCAGAAUAUUGGGGGGGGGUGCAGGCAGGGAGGGGCUUGGUCUCUACGUUUCGCUCAGGAGUAGUUUGGGCAUCCCCAUCUCUCCUCUCCUUGUGUGAAGAGGACCCGACUCUGGCUUCUUUCCCACGAAGGGGGUGGGGCGUUCCUCAUGUCCCUGUCCUUGAAGGACCUUCUUCCCCCAGCCUUUGUCACCAUGCUCUUCCUGGUGCCGGCCUCACCAGCCAGAUUCCAACACCAGGGAGAGGCCGAUUCAGAGCGCCAUGGGUGGGAAUGUUGCCUGUGGAAGGAGAGACUUUUGCUACAAUUUGUAACUUAUUUUUUAAAGUCUAUUUUGUAACAAUUUAUUUAAGUUUUAAAAAAAGGAAAAUUGCUCCCCCCAAAAAAACAAAUUUUCAAAAC